AUGAAUGAAAAUUCUUGCUCUUACCAUAAUGAGAAAGAAUUAAAAGAUGGACAGGUUGAGAGAGUGUCUCCUGGGUACCCUCCAUCACAUGACAAGGAGAAUCAUGUUCUCCCCACUUUCAGAGGAAUUCCUAUCUCAGAGUUGAAGAACCACAGCAUCCUCCAAGCCCUGACCACAGAAGCUAAUGGAUGGGAGCCAGGUGUUGUAAGUACAGAGGUGCUCAGAGCCCAAGAAGAAUGGGAAGCUGUGGACAACAUCCAGCCAGAGACAGGUAGCUGGGCCACUUUGGAGCAGUCUGGGCAGACAAUCUCUUUCAGUGAGGCCUUACAGCAUUUCCAGACUGUAGACCUCUCCUCCUUCAAGAAAAAAAUUCAGCCAACCAUUCGAAGAACUGGACUCACCGCCCUCCGGCACCUCCUCUUUGGUCCUCCGAAGCUCCACCAGGGUCUGCAUGAAGAAAGGGACUUGGUCCUGACCAUUGCUCAGUGUGGCCUGGAUAGCCAAGACCCAGUGCACUGCCGAAUCCUCCAAACCAUCUACAAGAAGCUAACCGGCUCCAAAAUUGACUGUGCCCUCCAUGGAGACCACUGGGAAGAUCUGGGCUUUCAGGGAGCAAAUCCAGCCACAGACCUGAGAGGGGCAGGCUUCCUUGCCCUCCUGCACCUGCUGUAUCUAGUGAUGGACUCCAAGACCUUGCUGAUGGCACAGGAGAUUUUCCGACUGUCUCGUCACCGGACCCAGCAAUUCCCCUUCUGUCUGAUGUCAGUGAAUAUCACCCGCAUCGCAAUCCAGGCCUUAAGGGAGGACUGUCUCACCCGGGAAUGUAAUCGGCAGCAAAAGGUUAUCCCGGUAGUGAACAGCUUCUAUGCGGCCACCUUCCUCCGCCUCGCCCAUGUCUGGAGGACACAGCAGAAAACCAUCUCAGACUCAGGCUUUGUCCUCAAAGACUUGGAAGUGUUGGCCAAGAAGAGCCCAAGGCGACUACUCAAGACCCUGGAGAUCUACUUGGAUAGGGUGUCGAAGGGACAGGCCUCCUUUUGGGGAGCACCAAAGUGCUAUGGGCCCCAAGCCCCUCACUCCAAGGAGCUCACCUUCACAGGUGUAUGUGACCUGCCAUUGCAUGCAACCGAAGGCACAAGGCCCAUCUGA